AUGGUUCUCAAAGCGCUCUCUCUCGUUCCUCUGGCUCUCAGCACCCUUGCUUCCAUCACGCCAGCCCAAUCAUCUCUCGAACCCACCGUUCUCGACCCAUCCACCUCCAAGAACCUCCUCGAGCUCCACCGCAAUCUCGUAGAGAUCGAAUCGAUAACCGAAAACGAAGGCAAAGUAGGAGCUUGGCUUACAAGAUACUUGCGCGCGCAUAAUUGGACUGUAGAGAAGCAAGAGGUGUCAAAGGACAGGUACAACCUUCUCGCAUACGGCAGCACGCGCGAGACUACGAUUCUGUUAUCUUCACACAUCGAUGUAGUACCACCGUAUUGGCCAUACUACUACAAUGAGACUACGGAUAUGAUUGGAGGCCGGGGGAGUGUGGAUGCAAAAGGCAGCGUGGCACCCAUGAUAAUCGCUGCAGAAGCCAUCAGGGAGCAUAUGCAGGACGACAUAUCGCUCUUGUUUGUGGUGGGCGAAGAAACGGGCGGCGACGGCAUGCGCGCAUUCAGCGACUGGUCUGAUCGCCCUUCCUCGCAUGAGAUUAUUAUAUUCGGCGAGCCUACAGAGAGGAAGUUGGUCUGCGGACACAAGGGCAUGCUGGGCUUCUCGCUCCAGGCGACGGGCAAGGCGGCGCAUUCGGGAUACCCAUGGCUGGGCGUGAGCGCGAAUGAUAUCAUGGUCUCGGCGCUGGGCGAGCUGCUCAAGCUAAGGGAGCACCUGCCCUGGAGCACAAAGUACGGCAACACCACGAUGAACUUUGGACGCGUCCAAGGCGGUGUCGCGGCCAACGUCGUUGCUGAGACUGCGACUGCGAAUAUCGCUACGCGCCUCGCAGCCGGCACACCCGACCUUGUACGCGGACAAAUCAUCAAUGCGCUCCAGGAAGUCAAGGCAUUUGCACAAAAGGAAGGUGGUGAUCUAAACGUAGAGUGGUCGAGCGAGGGCUAUGGCGUUGUAGACAUUGACUGCGACAUCGAAGGCUUCGAGACUAUGACCGUCAACUACGGAACCGACGUGCCCAACCUGUCCGGCGACCACAAGCGCUACCUCUACGGCCCCGGCUCCAUCUUCGUCGCGCAUUCCGACCACGAAGCGCUCAAGCGCAAGGAGCUCGAACAAGCCGUGCUCGACUACCGCCGUCUCAUCCUCAAAGCCACCGAAGUACGCCAAAAGGAGCGACAAGGCAAAGCCAAAGAACAGCUUGAACUGUAAAUAAAGAUAGCUAGAUAUAUAAUACCCAAUUACCAAAUCUCACA